AAAUAUUUCCAGAGGAUUUUUUUUUUCCUGUUUUCCGGGACAUAAAGUGAAACUGUAGCUGCUUUAACACCAAGCUACAGCUGUCCUGUUUUAUUCUGCUGGUUAGACACUGGGUCCUCUCUGCAGCCUGUGAGGAUGUCAGCUGUUAAGAUGACAGAGGGGAGUGUGCAGGUGGAGAUCUGCAAAGCCUCGUUGUUCUACAGACAGAGUGAACCUGCCUCGGGGGAGGUGAGGAUGUCAGUUUUACUCCUUCACGGCAUCCGUUUCUCAUCAGAAAACUGGCUCAACAUCGGCACUCUGGAGACUCUGGCCAAAGCAGGCUGCCGUGCCGUCGCCAUCGACCUGCCAGGACUCGGUCAGUCUAAGUCAGCCGUGGCCCCAGCAGCGGUUGGAGAACUGGCCCCUGCAGGUUUCCUGAAAGAGGUGUGUGAGCAGCUGAGCCUGAGCCCGGUGGUGGUGAUCAGCCCCUCCCUCAGCGGGAUGUACUCCCUCCCCUUCGUCCACCAGCACCAGGCUCUGGUACGAGCCUACAUCCCUGUAGCUCCCAUCUGCACUGACAAAUUUACAGCGGAGCAGUACCAGAGUGUAAAGGUCCCAUCGCUGAUUGUGUACGGCGACCAGGACACUCAACUCGGAGAAGUGUCACUGAACAACCUGAGCAAUCUGGCCAAUCACAGGGUGGUGGUGAUGAAAGGAGCCGGUCACCCCUGUUACCUGGACGACCCAGACACUUGGCACAAAGCUCUCAUUGACUUCCUUAAUACGCUGUGAAGCUCCUCGCUGUGUGUCAGUGGGGAGGUUCUCAGCAACAGUCACACAUAAAUGACUCACAGGAGCCACACAAAUAAGCACAUUAUUCAUUCAUGAGACAUUUAGGCCACAGACGUCCUCCUGCAAGAAGUGAUUCUCACUUUUUAAACAGUGUCAGUAAUAAAACUGGAAAUCAAGACUUUUCUAAUGCUAAGAGGAAACGAGGCUCAAACUUUCAAUGAUCAUUUGAGAAAAAUGCUUAUUCACUUUGCUGCCAAAAGUUAGAUGAGAAGAUUGAUAUUGCUAUAUGUUAUAUAUGAAGCUACCACUAACAGCUGGCUAACGUAGCUUAGCAUAAUGACGUGAAACCAAGUGGCAACCUCCGAGGCUGAAAAAUGAAGUCAAUGUGGAAGUGCUAAAAAAUGCAGUUCCUUGAAUGGCCACUUGAGGCUGGCUCCAAAAGUGAGUCAGUCCCCUCCGACUACGAUGUAAAAAUGCCCAACUUAACAGCAGAAAUAAACAUGUUUACAGCCUGAUAUGGAAAAAAAAAAAAAAAAACGUCCAAGGUUCACCACGGUCUAAAGCGCCUUUCACACAUAUAGUACGUUGGAAACCUGAAAUUAUCUAGACAUUACCCGGAGGAGCUGUAUGUGAGAACAAAAAUGUGGGAAUCAGUUGAUUUAAACAGAUUUUUUUCAAGGAUGAAGAACGGUAAUAUACACGCAGACGGCAACAACAGUGGCUAACUGGAGAGAUUACAAGAUUCAGGAGCUUCUGUCAGAAAGGGCCAAAGCCGAACGGAAUGGCAAGAGACUCUGUUGGCUAUGUCUAAAAUAUGAAACGGCUACGUGAGCACUGUGUAAUCUGCGUUAUCGGAAUAUUUCCAGUUAACACAUUCUCACUCCGACCUUGUCACGUAUUGACGUUUGGUCAUGGACUUUCCACGUCCACAUACUGGGUGUGUUGGUUGUUGACGUUCUGGGACACUGUCAAGUUCUGCCUGUCACAUGCAUUGUCUUCUGCUUCUUCUGCUUCUGACACAGACUCUCUUGUUGUGUGUUACAUGUUCUGAAAGGGAAACUCUGGACAAAUAACCAAACCGGUCCUCCCAAGUUUAUAUUAGAAAACAGCUUAUUAGUCAGACCCACCCCUCGCUCCCCCACAGCUUCACCCCCUUGUCCAAAUAUGGUCACAUCUGGCUCCAAACAACCAAGAUGGCGACUGCAGAAAUGCCAAACCCGAGGCUUCAAAACAGGAGUCAAUAAACAAGUGGGUAAAAUAAUGGUGGUUACGUCCAUUAUUUUUUACUGUCUACCCUUGAAACAGGUGGAACAGCUGACUUGACAAAAUCAGCCCACUAUUAUGCAUGUUUUAUCUUGUUUAUUUAAUCUGUAAAAAAAAAACCUGAAGUGUAAUGACAGCCAGGCUAGCUGUUUCCCCCAUUUCUAGUCUUUGUGCUAAGCUAAUUUAGCUGGCUAACCGUACAGACACAAGUUGUCUUAACCGUCUCCUCUUGAUAACAAAGUGAAUGAGCGUAUUUCCAAGAUGUCAAAACUUUCCUUUUAUAUCACAAAAACUACUUUAUAUUGUAAUCACAAGUAAAGCUAUUCAUGUGUUAAGUCUAUUGUUGAAAACUGAUUUUAUAUUUUCAAUGUAACCAGAAAAUGAAUGAACCUCCACCUGUGUCUCGACUGAAAAAACAAAACACCACACGCUGAAAUGAAGUGAAAAAUAUGAACAUUAUUUAAUAACUGAUUCUCUGUAAUAAACAAUUUGAAAAUAUUUUACAAGGAGUCACAGACACAAUAUUUUACAAAUUUUGCCCUCUUCUUUUUUUUGUUCUUUUUUUUUAGCUUCAUCUGUACAAAAGAAUGGAGCGACAUGGACCAGUGCCCAGAAAAGAAGGAGCUAAAUCUUCCACGCACACGGACAUUCACGCACUCGCACACACACGUACAAGAAAUAAAAACAAAAAAUAAUUCAAAACAUUUUGACUUCAGAUCUCAAACUUAUCAACAGUGCUGUAUUCCUAUAUUUUUUAUAACUUCACUUAAACUCGACUGAUUUUACUCUUUUUUUUUUUUCUCUAAAUGUUGCUGUUAUUUUUUUUUAACACACUUGUCAAACAUGGUCACAUAGCACCAGACUACAGACUACAGAAUCACAUACACACGUGUCUUUCCCACAGAGACGCACCAACACAGAUGCAGCGAGGGUCGGGAGGAGGCAUGAGGCUUUAUUUAAACCAUCCCCUUCUCGUUUUAGGGUCCUGUCCUAAAGCUGACCCCCUCCCUCUCAUCAUCCCCAAGCUGGUCCAAUUUUCUAUUUUUGUCUCUUUUUUUUCUUUUUCUUUUUUUUUUGGCAAAAGUAAACUUGUCAAACCACAGAAAUCAGACGUGUGUUUCCCUUCAGAGGAUUUCCGUCGGGAUGCAAACACAGACGUCACUACAUGUUUCCUCCAUGACCUUCUGUUCGACAGGCCCGUGCUGCUCUGUGGAGACCCACUCCCUGAGCUUGCCUCUGACCCGCUCGCCAAAAAAUUAAAAAAAAAAAAAAAAAAAAAAAAAAA